GGUUCGGACUACAUCUCUAGUUUCGAUUUGUGGGCGUCUGCAUUCUUCAUUCUUCAUCGUUCUCCACCGCAGUGACAGGGAUAAAUCAAGCUUAACCAAGAUGUCUGACGAAGCCGUUUUGACUGAUUACAAAUAUGUUUUUCAGAAGGAUAUUUUCAAAGGAAAAGUUGCAUUUGUCACUGGAGGUGGAACUGGGAUAGGAUUCACGAUAGCAGAAAUAUUAAUGAGGCAUGGUUGUGACACAAUCAUUGCUAGCCGCAGACUUGAUGUUUUAAAGAAUGCAGCUGAAAAGCUCUCAAGGGCCACUGGACAGAGAUGUCUACCAAUACAGAUGGAUGUCAGAAAGCCAGAGGCCAUUACUAAAGCUGUAGAAGAAGCUCUUGGGCAUUUCAGGCGAAUUGACAUUCUCAUUAAUAAUGCUGCAGGAAACUUUCUGUGUCCCGCAGAGAAUCUUUCUUUUAAUGCCUUCAAGACAGUGAUGGAGAUUGAUGCUCAUGGAACAUUUAAUGUCUCCAAGGCAGUAUUUGACAAGUACAUGAAGAAUAGUGGAGGAGUCAUCAUCAAUAUUACAGCUACACUGAGUGUACGUGGAGCAGCUUUACAAACACAUGCUGGAACAGCAAAAGCUGCCAUAGAGGCCAUGACCAAGCACUUGGCUGUGGAGUGGGGCCCCAAUGGAGUCAGAAUGAUGUGUGUGGCUCCUGGACCUAUAGCAGAUACAGAGGGGAUGAGAAGACUCGGAGGGAACAGGAUUACAGAUGAUUUUUUAAAAUCAAUCCCAGUCCAGCGUCUGGGACGACGGGAGGACAUUGGCAAUGCGGUGCUGUACAUAGCCAGCUCCGCAGGGGAGCUCCUCACUGGAACCACAGUUAUUGCAGACGGCGGGGCCUGGCUCACCUCAGAAAACAACUUCUGGAGAAUCAAAAACAGUCCCUUGUACAAACAGAUAUCUAAGAUGUAAUCCAUCAUUUGAUCAUCUGCGUUGUGAAGGUUUAUUUCAAGCACUGUAAUAGAUAUCUUGCAAUGAAAUAAUUUUUGACCAGAUAUUACAGUUUUGUAAGUAAACAGUUAACUGUACAUGUACACAAAGCUUUGAAUUAAAUGAUUUUGUGAUUCCAUUUUACUAAUUUCACACCUUGUAAAUAAAAAAUGAAUAUACUGUACAUUUUUUGCAAAUGUAGAAUAUUAUCAUAGCUUUUGGUUGGUUUUACAUUGCAGUCAAGUAUCAUAAAUUGUUUUGAUUUGCAGAUUUUAUAUUAUAUCCAUGGAUAUUACUAAUUUGUAUAUGUAUCAUAAUCAUGGUUUUUUCAUGUGAUUUUAUCAUAAAAUAUUGUGAAUAUUGAUUGGUGCUACAUGUUUAUUAAUAUGUUUUGUAUAAAAGUCAAUAUGCAUUGACUAUUUUGAAAACAUAAUUAAAUGAAUGACAAAAGGC